GCAUGUUAUAUGGGCGCGAGAUUUCAUGGCGUAACUUCUUGACCGUCCCCUAUAGUGAAAUCAUUGCCCUUUUAAAACGCGCGCUAAUACCAAUUCCAUUGAGUGAUUUCUAUAUGUUAUUUCUACUGUUUAGAAAUUCGUUAAGUUUACUGAUAAAAAAUCAAUACAGAUAAUCGGCUUUUUGUCCUAAAUAUUUAUUUUGAAUGUGAUAUUUCUGUUGUCAUGACUUAAUAUACAGAGGAAUGGCGGACGCUUUGGGCGUGACUAGUGGGUCGACAAAAUUUGCCAAAAAAGGCAGAAGAGCUGAAAAAAUGGUUAAAGAAAAAGAUGAUCCAAUUUUGAAUGAGUUUAGUUUACGUAAAGCUAAUGAUAUGAAGGCGGUUGGAAUGAGGGUGAAAUUUCGCACAGCGUGUCGUUUGGAAGGAGAGCUGAAGAAGAUUCACUGGAUGCUUUCAAAGCUUUACGAAAGGAAGGUAAAAUCAUUUUUUGACUUUAUGAUGAGCGUAACCUGGAAAUAUCUUCCAGAAUCUGACGAAGAACUCGAGAUCCCUAUUGUUCCUGAUUUAAGCAGUGUUGAAGAACAGUCUGUCGCAUUUCAUUGUGCGGUCGCACCGAGGUACAUGAAUUUCCUAUUAAUUUCUUAUAUAUAUAACAUAUAUGUUAUCAAAUAUUAGUGAAAAUAUGGGUAUUAAAAAUAAUUUUGGAAUGUAUCUUUUAGGACUAAGCUAUUUCAAUAGUUUAACUUGUAAAAGUUUAAACAAGUCUGCGUCAGCCUUUAUUUCAACAACUGAAUUACUUAUUCUCAUCCCUUUCCAAGUGUUUUGUUUAGAUAGUUGUUUCCAUACUCUUUGGUUGAUCUUCAGUUGAUUAUAAGAAAGUUUCAGUUAUCAAAGUAAUCUAAAAACAGUGUUUGUUAUCGAUAACCGAUGUAAAAAGAGUACUUCUCGUGUCAAAUCGUGUUCAUUUGCUUGUUGGUAUAUUUUGAGAAGUUCACUUUUUUAGUCAUUUGUUAAACUAACGCCUUAGUGUUAUGAUGUGAACUGACUAAAAAGAAAUUUAUUGUAUCGUGCUGAUCCCCUCUUCCACCAAAUUUUGUUUACUGUUUUUUUAUAUAUUCAAGUUUACUUCAUAAGAAUACUAUGUUAGAUGAGCUUUUUUUGAUUGUUAAACGGAUAAGCCUGUUAAUUCAGCUCCAAAUUUGAAUAAGUUUUCAGAGCAGUCGAUGCCACUUGCUACUUAUAUAAGUUAAUAAGGAUGACUGCUUAAUGGGAGUUACGGAAAUUUUUCGUCAGUAGAUUUGGUAGCAAAUUUUGUGGUUGACUUAAAAUAGCUAUUAACAGAAGGUGGGUAGGGUAGAAAUAUUAACAUCAAUGUUGUGGGACAAGAUGACGAGUGAUAAUUCAAUAUGACGUUCCAAAAUAAAACACGGAAGAAAGUUGAAAUCAUCCUAGUUAAUGUUCAGAAAAACUUGGCCAUGAACUAAGUAGCAACAUUUUAUACUCAUCAUAUUGUAUUGAAUUCUUGUGUGAAUGAAUCAUAGAUCUUAUCCGAUGGAAAUUUGGGUUAGUCCAGCACUGCGUUCUCCAAAAUGAUUUCCAUGAUCUCUUAUGCCGCCGACUAAUCAGUUCAUUUUAUGUUAACGUAUAAAGUGGAUCUACGCUACCAAAAAUUGUCCUAAACUACCGCGCUAUCUGAAAUUAAGUUUAAAAACAAAAUGGCAACGCGCUGGAAUAGUGUAAGAUAAAAAUCCAAUACACUUUCGCGCCAUAAGAUAACCCGCUGUUUGCUAGUUAUUGUAGAAAGAACGUUAUAUCAAACUUCCCUUGAAUAAAGAAUAUCUCCAACAGACCUGAAUUUCCCCAUUAUUAUGAAAACUGGUUAGCUUGCUAAUCAGAUUUACUCGAAGAAUUUUGUACAAGCGAUUAGUGGGCUCAUUAAUUUCUUUGUCCGUACCACACAACAAAACGCCAAAAGUUUCACAACAUUAGAAUUAUUCUGAGUAUUUUUAAAUGGCCCGGUAAAAGGCUUGACAAGCUUAUCAGUUAAGAUGACGAAAGAGUAAUAAGAUGAAUUUAGUCUAUUUUUCUUUAGCUGGCAUGUAAUAAUACAAAAUGUAUUUUUUAGUCUUUAAACAAUCAAGUCUAAUAAAGAAACAUGGCAAAAAUUCUCAUUAGUCCUUCAUUGAAUACGUUAACCAAAAAUAUAGCUCCUCAAAGCUUGAUUACUUUUAAGGCUUCACUAUACUAGAAAAGUGAAGAACUAAUCAGGAAGUUGGUGGUGGGACCAAAGUGUCAACUCUUAACCGAUUCAAUCAUAAAAACUCCCAGCAUAUUUACCUAGCUGGUUUUUUAGGUGCAUGAUUUAUUAUAUAAUCUCAGAACUAAGCCAUACACUAAAAUAGAUUCGUGCUGGUUUUUUUGGGUUAAUAGAUAUAUGUUUAUCCGUCAACGAACACGACAUCCGCUCUCUUCUGACUUCUACUUAAUGAUUUGAUAAAGUGCAGUUCAACCAUUGUUUUUGGAGUUAAUUUUGAAUCAAAUGGAAUCUACUUCUUUGUUAUUGUUGACUGAUCGAUUUAUGAGUCGGCAAAACUAAUAAAAUUCAUCGUCUCUUUGCUUCUAUCAUCUGUAGUGGAUGUAAAUUUUAGUUGGAGUAACUGAGAGAAUAUCUAAAUUUUUGAACCUUAACCACAUCGUGCGAUAUGUAUUUAAUAUUACACAUUCCCAUUGUUUUAUAUGUUAAAACGUAUAAGGCUAGGCUAAGCUAAUAUAUUGAACAGAAAAGGUUAUAAAAUAUUUAGAAUCAAUAAUGUUGAUAAACGACAAAGAUCGUUGGGUCUUAAAUCUUAUUCUUAUUCAAGUUCAUCUUUAUCAGUAAGGUAUAUCUAGUAAGUCUAUAGAACACAUUUACUGGUCACGUAGUGCGUUAGUUGAUGAAUCCAGAAAUUAUGGAUUUAUUCCAAUUUUUACACCACUAGGCCCUGGCCAUCAAACCAUAAUUACUUAAAUACAGGCUUUAAAGUACUAAUGUAUGUACACUCAGAUGGAUACAUGGUAACAAGUAAGGUUGUAUAGCACGGUUAACUAAAUAGUUUGGAUUUAAACUAAGGUCUUAAUUUUGUGUUUUUAUUGUUGAAAGGAGUAAAAGUAGGACAAAAAACGCUUGGCGUUUCGCUUAGGUUAAUGAGGUAAGUAAAUGUCUGUUCAAAUAGAAUGAGAAGAUGUAGCUUUGUUUGAUAUAUUUACAUAGAUGGAUUUAGACAUGUAAUACCUCUUAUAUCUGGUUAAUUCAUGAAAAUUAUUUGAUCCAUUUCAGUGUUUUUUUUGCUUUAGUGUGGUCAUAAACAAGAUUCCAGCAUACAGUGAACUUAGUCAAGAUCUACCCAAUCAUGGCACGCUUCCGUUGUUGGUAAGAUAACAUUUUUAGAGAGAAGAUGGUGAACUUGUUUAAAUAAUUUUUAUCAUAACACAUCUUUCUUUUAGGACGGUGACAUUAACUUAAGGGUUUUGACGAAAAAUUUGUUCUCUGAAUCCGAAUUGCAAGAAAUUGAUGAAACAUGGAGUUGGGACUUUUUGUUCUCUGAAUUAAAGACAUUGAAAUAAUACACUGAUCUGAUCAACAUUAUAAACUUAUUUACAUAUUUCGUUUUAAUAAAUCUAAUUGUUUUGUAUCAGAGAAACAAGAUAUAGAAAUAAUAUUCUCUUUACAGUGUU